AUGAAGCUGUCUUCCUUCCCUUUUUGUGAGGUUAUUGAUGGGCUUUUUGUUCCAUUGUGUUGCAGAAAUAAUGCCACAUCACAAGCUUUGGUUCUAUUUGGUGCCCCUAAGGAGGACAUUGAGAUUUUUCAUGAAAAUAAAAUGACAAAUACUGAAGGGGUGAAUAAAGGAAUUUACUUUAGCUACCCAAGUCGACGUCAAAGCUGUACUUUAGUAAACAUCCCAGCACCAUGUGUCAACAAAAUGAUUUCACACAUUGAAGAUUUGGAAUCUAAAAUACAAGAACAUUUGAAAUGGUUUGAAACUUCUUUUGAAGAAUGGAGCAGAACUGCUACACAAGACCAGAAGCAAGAUUGGAGUGUUGCUACACCAGUGAAAGAGGUUAAACCAGAAGAGAGAGAUGAAAAGUGUCCAGAAUUAAAGCAGGAAAUGGAAACAUUGCUAUCAGAGGCCAUUCAUCUCAUUAAAAGUCUAGAAACUGACCGUGCAGAAGCUGAAGAAGCUUUAAAGCAACAAAAAUCAAGAAAGAAAAAUAUUCACAUGAAAAUUGACUCUUGGUCAAUCUGGAGACUUGAAGAAAUCCCACUAGCUGUGCAAAAAGAACACGAGGCUUAUUUGAGAGAUAUUAUAGAAUUACGAUGGCAUCUUGAAGAUAAAGCUUAUCAACUAAAACAUUUUGAGGAACAAAAGACAAAAUUAGAAGAAGCUAAUGCAAAACUUCAAGCAGACAUAGACUACAUGAAUAAACAUGGUCCUCUAAUUAACUCAAAGCACAACAAAGAACUUGAAACUCUCAAAGAAUUUUAUACAAAAAAAUUUGAGUUAAUGGAACUAUACAAACAAGUUCAUGGAGAACUUGAAGAAGCUUUAGGAAAUGUUGAAAAUGCCAAACUGAGUGCUGAAAAAAUUAGACAAGACAUGGAAAAAGACAUUCAUGGUCAUGAAACAAGCAUAGAAGCCUACAAGAGAGAGACAGAGAAACUUACUGCUCUACGUAGUCACUACUCUACAGCAAUAGAAAAUGUUAAUGUUAGUAUUGAGGAGAAUGAAGAAGCAGUGACUGAAGCAUUGAAGGAAACAAAGACAUCAAAAGAUGAAUUAUCUGCUUUAUCAAAAAUGCUAGAUGAUUUGAAAAAAAUUUAUGAUCAACUAGCUUGGAAGAGAAAAAGUUAUGAAAAGGAGUAUCUGGAUGUACUUAAUAAUUAUUAUACCUCAAAAAAAUCAUGGGAUAUUGAGCUUUCUAAUGUUACAAAAGACUUUUCAGAUAUCUCAAUUGCAAAUGCUCAGUUGAUAGAAGAAAACAGAAGACUUGGAAUUGAUAUUGAAACUCUAGCAGGUUUAAUCAAUGACAGUAUAAGGAAAAAAUCAGAAUUGGAGUCUGAAAUCCAAUCUUUGAUGAAACUAAGGUCAAAAAAUGAUGAAUUUCUUAAACAGUUAUACAAGGAAGCUUAUCAGCUUGGUGCUGUUUUCCACCUAACCAAAUUUAAAACAGAAGAAUUAGAAGAGAAAAUAGCAGAAGUGAGAAGAAAAUUCAAGGGUAGAGAAGAAUUCUUGAAAAGACUCACCCGAGGUGAAGUGGCUAAUGGAAUGAUGAUUCAGAAAAAACUCUAUUCUAUUCAAGAAGAACAGAUACUUGAGAGGAGGGAGCUUUUGGAAAAGAGAGUAACGUAUGCUCUGGCAUUGGCAGAGCUAGAGACACCUCUGCUUAAACUAGAAGAAGAUGCUGUAAGAAUCAGAACUACUCACAAAGAACAUUCUGAUAUGUUAAAUGAUAUAACUGAGAGGAGAGACUAUGUUAAAAGAAAUGUGGAAAGAACAAAGAAAAAAUUGCGAAGAAAGGGGAAGAAAACACGUGAUGCAAUAACAGAAACUGGGGAAAAAUGCUCAAUAAUUUUCAAAGAAAUAGAGACCACUAAAAGUAAAACAAUGAUUUAUCAUGCAAAAAUAGUUCAAUUGAAUAAGAACUUAAAAGAAAAAGAGAAAGAAAAGGAUAUUUUUGCUCAGACACUUGAGAGUUUAAAGAACCAAUUUGUAACUAUGAGAUACAAAAAGGAACAUGCUCAAGCUGUGUUUGAUCAUCUUGUAAGUGAGAAAAAAAUCUAUGAAGAGAGACUUUAUGAGGAAGAGCAGAGGUAUCGAACAAACAUUACCAUGAGGCAAAAAACUCUGGCAGAUAUUAAAAAAAUACAAGAUGAUUCACUAGAAGAAAAUCUACGUUUAGCUCAAGAAUAUCAGGAAUUACAAACUAUUUUCUUAAGAGAAAAGGACAAUUAUUUCAAUCUAUAUGAUAGACAGUUAUUACUUGAUGCUUCAAUUCGAGAUAAGAAACAGGAUACAGCCUUCUCACCUAUGAAAUUCCCAAGUUCAUUAGUGGUCCCAUUAGAUGAACUUUCAAAUUUUCAGAUACCUCUCUGUCAGCUGCAAAGAAGGAUACACAAGGUGUGGCAGAAGCACUUCAAACUGGUGGUCCUCUACAGCCAGAUGAGGCUGGCCAAGUUCCAGACAGACUCUCAAGAGAGUAUUCAGAAAAUAUUAGCUGUGCAGGAGGAAUCUUCAAAUUUAAUCCAACACAUCUUAGAUUUCUUCCAGACUUUGACAGAUGGCUCAUGUAAAAACGAUGGUUAA